AUGUCCGUCUCAUGGGGAUAUACACAAACGAAUGGACCACAGAAAUGGCCGGAAAUGUUUCCGCAGGCUCGCGGACAACGCCAGUCACCGGUCGAUAUCGUUACCACCAAAACCCAAAACUCGGGUGAUCUGCAGGAGAAUCCGUUGCGCUGGACGUACGUGCCAGAGAACACGCGCAGUCUGGUCAAUCCUGGAUACUGCUGGCGAGUGGAUGUGAACGGCAAGGGCUCAUUGCUGACCGGAGGACCGCUCAACAAGGAGCAGUUCAUACUGGAACAGUUCCACUGUCACUGGGGAUGUUCGGACUCGCGCGGAUCGGAGCAUACGGUUGAUGGAGAAUCGUUUGCCGGUGAGCUGCACCUGGUCCAUUGGAACCAGAGCAAGUACAAGAGCUUCGCCGAAGCCGCUGGCCAUCCCGAUGGUUUGGCGGUGUUGGGUGUGUUUUUGAAGGUUGGCAAGCCGCACCCGGAGCUGGAUAUUAUCGCUCGUUUGCUUCCGUUCAUCACUCACAAGGGCGAUCGCGUUACACUAAACAAGCCACUUGAUCCGGCACGGUUGUUACCGGAGGGCAAAGCUUACUGGACCUACUUGGGAUCUCUGACCACACCUCCGUGCUCGGAAUCUGUCACCUGGAUUCUGUUCAAGGAACCGAUCGAAGUUUCGCACGAGCAGCUGGAGCUGUUCCGCGAAAUGCGCUGCUACGAUGCUGCCGAGGAGUGUCCAUGUGAUGAAACGCUUAACAAGCAGUUCGAAUACGGCAAGGUGAUUAAUAAUUUCCGUCCGCCGCUGGAGCUAGGCAACCGUCAGCUGCGUGAAGUUGAUAGCUACUAA